AUGCUCGCCCGCUCUCCCGCCCCAGCGCGCCUCACUCGCCUCGCGCCCUCGUCCUCCCUCCGCACCUCAAUCCGCCUCGCGACCAUCGCACCCUCGUCGCGCACCUACGCCAACAAGGCCUGCACCGACUACCUCACCCCGACCCACCUCGACGACCACGUCCCGCAAGACGUACAGCUAAAGCUCAAGCGCCACGCCGCCGUCACCCUCAACACGUACGCGCGCCCCAACUUUAUCCUCGCGCGCGGCAAGGGUUGCAAGGUGUACGACUCGCACGACCGCGAGUUCCUCGACGUGUCGGGCGGGAUCGCCGUCAACGCCCUCGGUCACGCCGACGACGGCGUCGCAAAGAUCCUCCAGGACCAGGCCCGCAAGCUCGUGCACAACUCGAACCUGUGGCACAACGAGUGGUCCGGCGAGCUCGCGUACCUCGUCGUACAAAAGACCAAGGAGCUCGGCGGCAUGGGCUACCCGGCCGGCCAGGCCUCCCCCGACGCCAACGGCUCGGCCGACGACGGCGGCCUCAAGGUCUUCUUCACCAACUCGGGCACCGAGUCGAACGAGGGCGCGCUCAAGUUCAUGCGCAAGUACGGCAAGUACGCCUCGGCGCUCCGCAACGCCCACGGCGCCGAGAAGGGCGUCGCCGCCCCGACCGAGGAAAAGGUCGAGAUCGUCUCGUUCCGCGACGGGUUCCACGGUCGCUCGAUGGGCGCCCUGUCCGCCACCUGGCAGGACAAGUACCAGGCGCCGUUCGCCCCGCUCGUGCCUGGGUUCGUUCCCGCGACCCUCAACGACAUCGACGGCAUCAACGCGGCCGUGACGGAAAAGACGUGCGGCGUCAUCGUCGAGCCCAUUCAGGGCGAGGGCGGCAUCCUCGAGGCGAGCGAGGAGUUCUUGCGCGCGCUCCGCAAGCGGUGCGACGAGGUCGGUGCGCUCCUCGUCUACGACGAGAUCCAGUGCGGCCUCGGGCGCACGGGCUCGUUCUGGGCGCACGGCUCGAUGCCGGUCGACUGCCACCCGGACGUCGUCACCAUGGCCAAGCCGCUCGCCAACGGCAUCCCGAUCGGCGCCAUUCUCAUGAAGGACAAGGUGGCCGACGUGAUCAAGAUUGGCGACCACGGCACGACGUUCGGCGGCCAGCCGCUCCAGACCCGCGUCGCGCACCACGUCGUGUCGCGCAUCUCUGCGCCCUCGUUCCUGACGCACGUCGAGGCGGUCGGGUCGUACCUCCACUCGCGCCUGUCGGUCCUCCCGACCCUGUUCCCGCGCCUCGUCGCCGGCCCGCCGCGCGGCAGGGGGCUCAUCCUCGGCCUCCCGUUCAAGCGCGACGAGUACGUGCAGCGCAUCGUCAAGCUCAUGCGCGAGCGCGGCGUGCUCGUCCUCAGCUGCGGCAAGCAGACGGUCCGCUUCGUGCCGAGCUUGACCCUCACCGAGCACGAGGCAGAGAAGUGCGUCGACGUGCUCGAGUCGGCCCUCCUCACGCUCGACCGCGAGUCCGAGGGCAUCUAG